AAGCAGAGGCCCCAGGAUCAGAGCUCAGAGCAGGGAUUCCAGGGACAAAAUCAUGAGCCGGAGUCUGCUGCAUCCUAUCUCCUGCUUUUUGGGGCUGUUGCCCUUUUGGACACUGUGUGCGUCUUCUGCCAACAGAUGUGCUGUUUGGCAUGAAGUAGCCGACUGCAGUCAUCUGAAGCUGACUCAAAUACCUGAUGACCUGCCGGCAAACAUAACAGUGUUGAACCUUACCCACAAUCAGCUCAAAAAAUUACCACCUGCCAAUUUUACAAGAUACAGCCAACUUACUAUCUUGGAUGGAGGAUUUAACUCUAUCUCAAAACUGGAGCCAGAAUUAUGCCAAAAACUCCCCUUGUUGGAAAUUUUAAACAUCGAACACAAUGAGCUAUCUCAACUUUCUGAUAAAACCUUUAAAUUCUGCCUGAAUUUGAUUGAACUCCAUCUUAGGUCCAACUCAAUCCAGAAAAUUCAAAAUAAUCCCUUUAAAAACCUGAAGAAUUUAAUCAAAUUAGAUCUGUCUCAUAAUGGUUUACCAUCUACUAAACUAGGGACUGAGCUCCAACUGGAAAAUCUUCAAGAACUUCUAUUAUCAAAUAAUAAAAUUAAAGUACUAAGACAUGAAGAACUUGAUUUCCUUGGCAAUUCUUCUUUAAAAAAAUUAGAGUUGUCGUCAAAUCCAAUUAAAGAGUUCUCUCCAGGGUGUUUUCACGCAAUUGGGAAAUUAUUUGGUCUCUCUCUGAACAAUGUCCAGCUGGGGUCCAAUCUCACAGAGCAGCUCUGUCUGGAAUUAUCGAACACAAGCAUUCAGAAUCUGUCCCUGAGCAGCACCCAGCUGUCCAGAGCAAGCAAUGUGACAUUUGCUGGACUAAAGCUGACGAACCUCACUGUGCUUGAUCUUUCCCACAACAACUUAAAUACGAUCGACAAUGAUUCCUUUGCUUGGCUUCCACAUCUAAAGUAUCUCUUCCUGGAGUAUAAUAAUAUAAGACACUUGUCUUCUCACUCCUUUCAUGGGCUUUUAAAUGUGAGAUACCUGAACUUGCGACACUCUUUUACUAAACAAAGCAAUUCCCUUGCUUUGCUUCCCAAGAUCGAUAAUUUUUCCUUUCAAUGGCUAAAAAAUUUGGAGUAUCUUAACAUGGAUGAUAACAACCUUCCAGGUGUAAAAAGUGAUAUGUUCACGGGACUCAUCAAGCUGAAAUAUUUAAGUCUAUCUAACUCCUUCACAAGUUUGCAAACUUUAACCAAUGAAACCUUUGUAUCACUUGUUCAUUCUCCUUUACUGAUGCUCAACCUAAGCAAAAAUAAAAUCUCAAAAUUGGAGAGCAGUGCCUUUGCUGGGUUGGGCAGCCUAAAGGUGCUUGACCUUGGCAUUAAUGAAAUAGGGCAAGAACUCACAGGUGAGGAAUGGAGAGGUCUAGACAGUAUCGUAGAACUCUACCUUUCCUACAACAAGUACCUGCAACUGACUAGCAGCUCAUUUACUUUGGUUCCAAGCCUUCGACAGCUGAUGCUCCGAAGGGUGGCCCUUAAAAUUGUGGACAGACCCCCUUCGCCUUUUCACCCUCUUCGUAACCUGACCAUCCUCGAUCUAAGCAACAACAACAUCGCCAACAUAAACGAUGACCUUUUGGAGGGUCUGGAAAACCUGGAAAUUCUGGAUUUGCAGCAUAACAACUUAGCUCGGCUCUGGAAACAUGCAAACCCUGGUGGCCCUGUUCAUUUCCUACAGGGUCUUUCUCACCUCCACAUCCUCAAUUUAGAGUCUAAUGGUUUUGAUGAGAUUCCAGUAGAUGUCUUCAAGGACUUAUUUCAGUUAAAGAGCAUAAAUUUAGGGUUGAAUAAUUUAAACAUACUUCCACAGUCCGUCUUUGAUAACCAGGCAUCGUUAAGGUCACUGAACCUCCAGAAGAAUCUCAUCACAUCAGUUGAGAAGAAUGUUUUUGGGCCAGCUUUCAAGAACCUGAGUAAUUUAGAUAUGAGCUUUAAUCCGUUUGAUUGUACGUGUGAAAGUAUUGCCUGGUUUGUUAGUUGGAUCAAUGGUACCCAUACCAACAUCUCUGAGCUAUCAAGCCAUUACCUCUGCAAUACCCCACCUCAAUAUCAUGGUUCUCCAGUGAAGCUGUUUGAUAUAUCACCCUGCAAAGACAGCGCACCCUUUGAACUCCUUUUCAUGAUAAAUACCAUCUUCCUAUUGAUUUUUAUCUCUAUGGCAUUGUUCAUCCAUUUGGAAGGCUGGAGGAUAUCUUUUUAUUGGAAUGUUUUAGUGCAUCGAGCUCUUGGUUUUAAAGAAAUUGAUAGACAGCCAGAGCAGUUUGACUAUGCAGCAUACAUAAUUCAUGCCUAUGAAGAUAGGGAUUGGGUUUGGGAACAAUUCUCCCCAAUGGAAGAAAAAGACCAAACACUCAGGUUUUGCCUGGAAGAAAGGGACUUUCAGGCAGGUGUUCUUGAACUUGAAGCUAUUGUCAAUAGCAUCAAAAGGAGCAGAAAAACUAUUUUUGUUAUAACACAGAAUCUAUUAAAAGACCCAUUAUGCAAAAGAUUCAAGGUGCACCAAGCAGUUCAGAAAGCUAUUGAACAAAACCUGGACUCCAUUAUCUUGAUCUUUCUUGAAGAGAUUCCAGAUUAUAAACUGAACCACGCACUCUGUUUACGAAGAGGAAUGUUUAAAUCUCACUGCAUCUUGAACUGGCCAGUUCAGAUGGAACGAAUCAAUGCCUUUCAUCAUAAAUUGCAAGUAGCACUUGGAUCCAGAAAUUUAGUCCAUUAAACUCAUUGAAGGACUACGGGAACAAAAGAGUGAGAGCAUUAGAUCACCAUGACCUCUCUUCUAUGGAAAUACAUCUCCUUAUUCCAGACCUUUCAUCACCAAAGGACUUAAUUUGACCCCCCCCAAAAAAAAACCCAUAUAGGAAUAUCCUCUACUAAUGAAUAGAUAUAAUUGGUUAAUGAGGCCAAUUAAAACUUAACAAAGUUUUAAAAUAUUUCUCAUUUAAUAAAGUAAGAGUUAUGUGAACAUUUGUAAUAGUUAUAUUUGGAUUUUUGGAUGUACUCAUAAUAGAAUAAAAAGUAAUUGUUUUAAUUGGCACAGUUAUUGCAACUGUAAAAGAGUAAAAUAUAUACCCAUAUUUUUCAAAGUUUAAUUAC